GCAGUCGCGGCACGGCUUUCGAUCAGUGACUUCCAGUGGCAGCAACGGAUUUGCUACGGUACGCCAUCGAAUCCCACAGCAUCAUCAGUGUUUCCCAGCUCCGAAAUUGAAUCGUCGGGUUUAUCGAGCGUGUAAUUUGUGCUCUGUUCGCGAGAUUUAUGAUCCACGGCACCUGCCCACUGACAGCCUAAAUGUCUGUGCCCCGUGCCCCUCGAUUCCAGCGCCUCCGCUGGGUGGUCUGUCUGCUGGCCAGCCUCUGGUUCUCCGGCAGCCGGGCUCAGUUGCCUGGAGCCGGCUUCCAGGGACAACGUGCGCAGGUGCCGCCACUUCAGCCACUGCAGCCGCUGCAGCAGCCAGCCAAUCCCUUCCAGCGACGCCAGCCCAAUCCCGUACAGGGUCAGGGCCUGUUCCCUGGCCAGCGGAAUCCCCUGAACCCACUGGCACCUCCGCUCGCCGGAGCUGCCCUACAGAACCCCUAUACCCGCUACAACCAGUACCAGCAGCAAAACUACGUGCCCAUCACCGCCUACCAGAACGAACUCAACCUGGAUGGAAGCUUCUCCUACGGAUACUCGUCCGCCGAUGGAACCACUGCCCAGGCGCAGGGAUACGUCAAGAACUUGGGGUAUGGUGAGGGCGUCGAGGCACAGGUAAUCCAGGGCUCCUACUCGUACACCUCACCGGAGGGCACACCCAUCACAGUGCGCUACAUCGCCGAUGAGAACGGGUUUCGAGCGGAGGGCACGGGGAUUCCAUCUACACCGCAGUACUUCGCGGGUUCCCAGCCCUAUCAGCAGGGCCUGCUGAAUCCCAAUCUGAAUCCAUACCAGACGCCCUUCCGCCAGCUGCCGCCGCCACUGCCCAACGCCCCCUUUCGUCCCCAGAUUCCAGGACAACAGCCGCUGAACCCGCUGCAACAGCAGCAGCAGCAGCAGCAGCAGCUGCAACAGCAACGCGGAUUCCAGCAGUCAAACUCCGGGCAAUAUCAACCGGAUCAGCCGUUCAAUCAGCUGCAUUCCGGGAACUUGCCCGGCCAGUAUGCCGGGCAAUUUGGCCAGCAAUCGUUUGGCAGCAAUCUUACUGCGCAACAGGCACAACAGCAGCAGAAUCUCAACCAGCAGCAGCAGCAACAGCAGCAGCAGCAACAGCAACAGCAGCAGCAGAAGGAGCAGCAAAACGAGCAGCAGCAACAGGCGCUAAUCACCCAACAACUGAGGGGCAGACCCAACAAUCUGGUGGAUCCCUAUGGCUAUAACCAGUACGGCAGACGCUUCAAGAAGUCCCCAAAGAAAUAACAUUUAAAUAACGUUUAAUGUCAUUUAAACGAUUGCUUAGUUUAAAGAUGUAGUCGCAGCUCAAAGGCAUGCAAUACAUGCAACUGAAAAGUC